AUGUUGGACGCGUUGGAAGGCUCGCACGAAGCCUCAAAGGCGCUGGGCGAGUUGGCCUUCAAUAAUAAACUCGUCGACGACGAUUUGUGGACUCGUAUCUUUGCCAACUUCGUUGUCGGAGAGGAGCUCUUCGCGUUUAUACGCCGUCUGAAUCGACAAAAAUGGUUCAACACGAUGCUUGAAGAAAGCGUCAUGUUCGACCGGACUUUCCGAAAAAUCUGGACAGCGUGCAUCGAGCUUAAUGUUGAUACCCGGCCAGAUCUGGUGGUCCAAGCGCUUUACGAGUACCCGAAAGCCUUCCUUAUCGACAUCGAGAAAAUCGCCUUCAAGCUCAUCAGCAAGGACAACGAAGUUGAAGCUCUCCAGAUCAUUCCACGCGCGGCUACGUUUGAUCAGCGAGAAAUAUUCGACCGAAUCGUCAAAGCCGUCACCUGGAAGAAGCUUGUGAGCUCAGUUGUCAAGAGAAAUCGGCUUCUACUCUCGCACUGCGAAGUUUCCCAAAUGCUGCUUUGGACGGCUACGCCAGAGAAUCUUCGCAAAUUGACGAUGGAUGAGUAUCGUUGGAUAAAGAACGAAGCGAUUAUCCAGGGCUUCAUUGAUCCCCUUGUGCAAAUGCUCUUUAGGGAUAAUAAAUUUGAUGAAAUCAAGUCGCUUCUUCUCCUUUAUGGAAAGAAGAACCCCGCGAUAAUGUCUGAAUUCGAACAAAUCUCACGUCUGCAGCGAACCGAGCGAGAUCAAAAGCUUCAAGCAAUGUUCGACUCUAAUGGGAUUCCUCAAUUCUUCCGCCCGAUCCCCUCUGCCGCUGAAAUCUUCCCUGGAAGCUCAUAG